AUACGGCCAUUAAUUGCAUCUUACCUGUAUUUAUAGGCCAGAUAGUAAACCGCUGCAACAGAACUGUUCAACAUAACAGUAGCCCAGCGAGCACUUUGUCUCGCCAGGUAACAAGGGUUGCUUAUGCCGCAUGCUGUGCUCGGUGGCUAGACAGAACGUCUCUUGUUAGCAGGCUUUACACCUUCCACGGUUUGAAUAAGGACAUUCAUACACAUAGCUCGAGGGGCAUACAUUUACCAUGUCGUUCUUCUCCCUCAUUGGACAUCGGAGUUGAUUGGCCUACAGCACUCCGUGCAAUCUUGUGGCUUUGUGAAUCCGAUUCGAUCGUCCCACUUACAGUAUAAAGAUAGUCUACAUACCGAAUGAGCCUUUCGCUCAGAAUGUCUCUUGAUUCCGACCUCACGAUCGCGGCGCAUAAGUUCAACCCUGGAGCGUCUUCCGACAAGGCUGAGAAGUUGCUUGACCAGCUCCGCCACGUUGGUAAGAUAGGGCCAACUUGGUGGGAUGUCGGUGCCGAAAGAUACCGCCAAAUGCGCCUGAACGGCGAGACACCCACUCCCAAACCCACCAUUCUACCCCAGGGACGGGAUAUUCUCAUCCCAUCUCGCGAAGCUGGUCGCAAAAUACCGUGCCGGCUCUUCUACCCCAGCCACAGUAGCAGAGAUGGAGUUAAAGGAGUAUUUUUGCACUUCCAUGGCGGGGGCUGGGUGUUGAUGUCUGAGGCGACAUCUGACCCUCUGCUACAGUUCUACGCUGAUGUGAGUGACUGCGUGGCGUUGAGUGUCGGCUACAGGCUUGCCCCUGAACAUCCAUUUCCCGCCGCACCAGAGGACUGCUUUGAUGUUGCUGAGUACAUAGUCGAGCACGGUGGAAGGGAAUUUGGAGGCUCACUCAGGUUCAUUGGUGGUGAGUCUGCAGGAGCACAAAUGUCCGUCAUGACAACUUUCCAACUCUUCCGCUCGCGACCAACUUUCUCUUUACCUGGCGGCCUCGUGCUCAACUUUGGCGUCUAUGACCUCUCACUGCUGCCUUCAGCUUUCACUCUGAAGAAGCCUGCGAUGUUAGACAGGGAUAUCAUGGGACAGUUUCACAAAGCCUUCCUGCCAGCUCGACCACCUGCCGAAUGCAAGGACGCAAGCGUUAGCCCAUUAUACGAGCAGCUAGAAGACUUCAGAAUGGGGAACGGAGACUCCCGGCUCCACAAGGCGCUGUUCAUAUGCGGUACUGCAGAUCCGCUGUUGGAUGAUUCGGUGUUCAUGAGCGUGAAGUGGAUGAUGGCGGGUGCUGAAGCAAUCCUGAAGAUUUAUGAAGGAGCGCCACAUUCAUUCAUUGCCUUUAGUGCAGAGAUGUCGGAUGAGGCAAGGAGAGCCAAGGCAGAUGUCAAGACAUUCUUGAGCGAACAAGUGAAUGGUAGAUGAUACAUAUCGCGCCCGGUCAUAAACGAGGUUUGAUACUUCGUACCAUCAAUCAUCUAUAGGCUAG